AUGGAGAAGAGUUACAUGUCCAUGUUCCUGCUGCUCGUUGCCAUCUCCUGUGCUCUGGCAAAGGAUGUGGGCAAGAAGGAGACAAAGGAGACUACUGCUAAACCAAAACUGCCUCAGACACUCUCCAGAGGCUGGGGAGACCAGCUCAUCUGGACGCAGACGUACGAGGAAGCCCUCUUCCGCUCCAAGCACAGCAACAAACCCCUGAUGAUUAUCCACCACUUGGACGACUGCCCGCACAGCCAAGCCCUCAAGAAGGUCUUUGCUGAACAUAAAGAUAUACAGAAAUUGGCUGAAAAAUUCAUUCUCCUGAACCUUGUGUAUGAAACCACAGAUAAGAACCUUUCACCUGAUGGCCAGUAUGUCCCUCGGAUUUUGUUCAUAGAUCCUUCCCUGACUGUGAGAGCAGAUAUUACUGGAAGAUACUCAAACCGUCUCUAUGCAUAUGAGCCCUCUGACAUUUCACUGUUGUAUUCAAAUAUGCAGAAAGCGCUGAAGCUCCUGAAGACGGAACUGUGA